AAUAUUUGAUGGCUAACGCCGUUGAAAGCCGGAGCAAUAGAGAAAGCGUAUCCAGGAAAUACAUGACUCUUUACACCUCUAAAUGUCUGUAUAACAUUUAAGUACUUGUCUUUAAAUCAUGUUACGGACAUUGUGUCGGGCCGGCGGCGCAGUUUUUAAGGACUCCCAGCGGACUGUGCCCAGACUGUGGGUGACUCCAGCCCAGCAACGAUGGGCCUCCCGCUUACCCAUGAACACUGUGGUCCUGUUUGUGCCACAGCAGGAGGCCUGGGUGGUCCAGAGGAUGGGUCGCUUUCACCGGAUCUUAAAGCCGGGACUGAACUUCCUCAUUCCCAUACUUGACCAAAUUCGUUAUGUGCAAAGCCUUAAAGAGAUUGUUAUUGACAUCCCUGAACAGUCAGCUGUGUCUCUAGAUAACGUGACCCUGCAAAUUGAUGGAGUUCUUUUCCUGAGAAUCUUAGAUCCUUUUAAGGCUAGUUAUGGUGUAGAGGAUCCAGAAUAUGCUGUGACUCAGCUUGCACAAACCACAAUGCGUUCAGAACUGGGCAAACUCACCAUGGAUAAAGUAUUCAGGGAAAGGGAGUCCCUUAAUUCCAACAUCGUCCACUCCAUCAAUCAGGCGUCAGACGAGUGGGGAAUCCGCUGCCUGCGGUAUGAAAUCAAAGAUAUACAACUUCCACCUCGUGUUAAAGAAUCAAUGCAGAUGCAGGUGGAGGCUGAGCGCAGGAAGAGAGCCACAGUGCUGGAGUCUGAGGGGACACGGGAAGCGGCCAUCAACGUUGCAGAGGGUUGCAAGCAAGCCCAAAUCCUCGCUUCAGAGGGACAGAAGGCCGAGCAGAUAAACAAAGCAGCUGGUGAGGCCCAAGCUGUGUUAGCCAAAGCAGAGGCCAAAUCCAAGGCCAUUUAUCUGCUGUCAGCGGCUCUGACUGAAGAGAACGGAAGUGCUGCAGCCUCGCUGAGUGUUGCCGAACAGUACGUGUCUGCUUUCUCCAACCUUGCCAAAGAGUCCAACACUUUGCUCCUGCCCUCCAACGCUGGUGACGUCAGUGGAAUGGUCACACAGGCCAUGACCAUUUACAGCACGCUGGCCAAACCGAGGCCAAACAUUAAGAGCAUAAAGAUCAAGACAGAGGAACCCAGUGAAGAGCCUCCAGUCCAGUCAACAUCAGCUCAGUAGCUACUGCUCUGAACUGCAGCGGAAAAAAGAGGAAGCAGUUUUCCACAGUUAUGGGGUACAAUGGCACUGCUGUGUGGACUGUCUGGUGCAAAGGGCACUCGAUCUACUGCUGGGCACAGGAUGUCAAGGCAGAGGAGCAGCACUUGAUAAACAGAGACGAUGCCGAGCAAGGACAGCUAGGAAAAGAGAGAAACUGAGCCACAAUUUAUGUUACUUGUGUUGUUCAGGUGUUGUAUGUAAACUAAACCCACUGCUGUGGAAUGGAUGUGUGAUGGGACAUUUCAGGUCUGUUGUCACCAAGUCUGGUUGGUCGUGGUUGAAAUAUAAUAAGAAUAUAUUUUCCAAAGCAGUUGUAUGUAAUUUUUUAUUUUCUAUAAUAUAGUUCAAAACCUUAAAGCACUUGGUUAAGAAAAUAGCAUUUUAAGAGCCUGUAGUUUUUAGGAAGAUACAGUAUAAAAUAAUUUAUUAUAAAUAAAUUCAUUUAUUUGGGUGUUGA